AUCAGGUAAAAGAGUACCUCAUGCUUCACAUUUCUCCUCUUCUCAUCACUACUCCUUUUUGAUUGGGGGUGAGUGUAACUGGAGAGUUGAAACACAAUACCCGGGUUUGUUUUCUGCUUUUAUAGCUGUCCUCGUUAUUGUCUUCACUGAUGCCUAACUCAAGUGAGCAGUCGCAUUUUGUUGGCUCUCUGAGCCAUCACGGUCCUGCAUGGAUUGAAGGCCAGCACCACAAGACUUCAGGUCGCUGUCACUUCUGUGGCACCAUGGCAGGUCGUAGAAAUUCUCUGGCACUGAGUGGGGGAGAUGGUGGAGUAUGGUCUCACCAUCACGUAGAUCUUGAUGAAAAACAGAAUCCAGUCUGCCAGUAUUCCCAGAUCCAACAGGACCGGCAUGGACAGCAGCUAUUGAGGAAGCACUCAGUGCCCGAUCUUGGCAGCAGCCUCUACCUCAGACAAAUGAUGGCAAACCUGGCCUCUGCACCACCUGUGGAUUACUACACGACUGGUUCUGCCUUAUCUGGUCGGCCACCUGAAGAGUCUGGGUUUUAUAGGGAUAACCAGCACCUGCUCAACAGAUCAGCAUCGCAUUAUGGGUCCAACGCUAGGGGGGUGAACCCUACCUGGGAUCAAGGACAGGCAAGGGCCACACCUACCGUGUUGGCGUCUUCUUCUACACCUAACCCCAUGCCUCCUCCCCUUCCCCCUCCUCCCCCGCCUCCUCCCCCACCUCCUCCUCCUCCUGUUCAUGAGCUAAGCCGUUUGUACAGGGAAACUCUGGGAUCUAAAAUGAUCCAAGACGCCCAGCGUAUUGGUGGCAGCUCUCCUGGUCCUGCAGCCUACGGGGUCCAGCCCCCUCUUCCUCUUUACGCUGCUGGGCCACCAUCUCUUUCUGCUCACCAAGCUUACAACAAUAUAAACGGCUUUUCCCUGGACUCCUAUCAGCCAGCUGACACCAAUACUGUGGUGGACUCAGCAUACCAGGGAAUGGACGGAGCUUUCCCCCGGGCUUACGGGGCUAUAGCCUCUCAGAGGCAACCUUAUGACCCAAAUUAUGACCCCAAUUCAGCCAUGGUGGCUACCACAGCUGGAUAUACCUCAGGUCUGCCUCUUCACCAUCCCAGUGCUGCAGACCCCAAGAAGAUGGUGGACCCUUCCUUCCUGGCUUUUCUGCGAGCUGAAGGCUUGGCUGAGAGCACUAUCACCCUCCUGCUGCAACAUGGCUUUGAUUCCUAUUCCACCCUGGGGAUGAUGGAGGACCAUGAUGUCCGCUCUGUGGCCCCUAACUUGGCCCAGGCCCGUGCUCUCUCACGUGUGAUGCUUGGUUUCAAGACAAGUGGAACAGCACAACGUACACGAUCCAACAGCUUUACCCAUCGCAAUGAUCUCUACAUGCAGCCCCAGGGUUUGACCAUGGACCCCAACCUGAUGCAGCAACCUCCCACCACUUUCCAGAACAUGUCCCCCAGGAUGGGAGAAUUUCUUGGCAGAAGACCCAGUAGUGCACCCUCCCAACACCUACUGGAGACCACCACCUACCCAGGAUCACGACCCAUGGGAAGUGGAGCUUUUCCAAUUAGCCCUGGAGGAUAUAGCAAUGCUGUGACUCAGGGAAGACCUUUCUCCAUGUUUAAUGCCCACACCGGUCUUGCCAUGUCUGCUCUUGGACAACAGCCUCCAUCAGCCCCGGGCACCCAUGGAGCAGCACCAAAAACCUAUUCUGGCUCCUAUUCCCCCAUGGAGCUGAUGAAGAGAGCACCCAACCUUCCUCCAACAUCACCAGCAGCAGCACCAAGCCCCCUUCACAGCCCCCAACUGCUCCGGAAAGGGAUCAAUGCUGCCCCUGAAAGUAACAUCGUUCCUGUAACCUCUUCCUCCGCUCUCCAAGCGCAAAAUCUAAACAACGGCAGGAUGGUUGGACGUCGUACGGGUCCCCCUGUCAUUGUCUCAACCAUGGCCACCACGCCUGACACAAGUAUUCGGCCCCAAAUCAUGAACGGGCCAAUGCACCCGCGCCCCCUGGUGGCGCUGCUGGACGGGCGUGACUGCACCGUGGAGAUGCCCAUCCUGAAAGACUUGGCAACUGUUGCCUUUUGCGACGCGCAGUCCACACAGGAGAUACACGAGAAGAAGCGCGGCUGUGCUGCUACUGGGAGAUACAGGGCGAGGACGAGGACAUUAGAGGAGAGCGAGGGCAGGCAGACGUGCUUAAGAAUCGCUGUGUGUAACAUUCCCUCGGCAGCCGUGGAGGAGACGGCGGACUCCACCCUGUGCCACAUCCUGAACCUCUACAGGCGGAACACCUGGCUCUACCAGGCUCUCCGGGAGGGCACGCGGGUCCAGAGCGUGGAGCAGAUCCGCGAGGUGGCCUCCGGCGCCGCCCGCAUCCGUGGCGAGACCCUCGGCCUCAUCGGCUUCGGUCGAUCGGGCCAGGCGGUGGCGGUGCGAGCCAAGGUCUUCGGCUUCAACGUCAUCUUCUACGACCCCUACCUGCAGGACGGCCUGGAGCGCUCGCUGGGCGUCCAGCGCGUCUACACCCUGCAGGACCUGCUCUACCAGAGCGACUGCGUCUCCCUACACUGCAACCUGAACGAACACAACCACCACCUCAUCAACGACUUCACCAUCAAACAGAUGCGUCAGGGUGCGUUCCUGGUCAACACUGCGCGGGGCGGCCUGGUGGAUGAGAAGGCCUUGGCCCAGGCGCUGAAGGAGGGCAGGAUACGUGGAGCCGCCCUGGACGUGCACGAGACGGAGCCCUUCAGUUUUGCUCAGGGCCCGCUGAAAGACGCUCCCAACCUGAUCUGCACGCCGCACACAGCCUGGUACAGCGAGCAGGCCUCCCUGGAGAUGAGGGAGGCGGCCGCCACCGAGAUCCGACGAGCCGUCACCGGUCGAAUCCCCGACAGCCUACGAAACUGCGUCAACAAGGAGUUCUUCGUCACCACGGCACCGUGGGCGGUUAUGGAUCAACCGGGGGUUCACCACGAGCUCAACGGCGCCACCUACAGAUACCCGCCAGGUGUGGUCGGAGUGGCUCCGGGCGGCAUCCCCGGAGCGUUAGAGGGCCUCGUCCCGGGUGGGGUGCCCAUCGCCCACACCAUGCCCUCUGGUACACACCCCUCCCAGGCCCCGUCGCCCAACCAGCCCUCCAAACACGGCGAAACCAGAGAGCACCUCACCGAGCAAUAGCAGCCGAAGGGACACGAGCAGCCUGGCGACAUCUCACCCCGCCGCCGGUCGACACUCAGCACCAACCGAAACACAACUGGGACCAAGAGACAGUGAAACCACACGAGCGGCUGCCUGUUCCAUCAGCCGGCCACUGGGACCUCCACGUGCUCCGGGGGAAUUUGUACUUUUAACGUUUUAGUUUGUACUCUCUGUCUCUUUGGCUUCAGUACCGACUUUACUCUUUGAUGAUGAUGUUGUUUUUCUUUUUUUUUUGGUGGGGGGGGUUUCUUCGGGACAUGCCUAUGAUUGUGGACACGCAGAGUCCAGUGUUUUUAGCUCCUCGGGAUGAUGACCCGACGAGACUCGGUCCCGACUCCCCCCCCCGUCCCCGCCCUCACCCCGACCCACCCUGCCCCUUCACCUCAUGGGAAACGUAGGCCCACGUGUCAACGCCACAAGAGCAAAAUAAACUUUGGCAUCAUGUGCUACUGGACCUUAUCCUCCCCACCCGACCUCCCCCACCUCUCUCCUCCCCAGCCAACCUCCCCACCGCCCACCUCCACCCUUAUGUAACUAAUGUGUGUUGUUUAGGCCCCUCAUUAUUCCUCAGAAGAGAAUUCUUGUUGUUUUUUUGUUUCGUUUUCUUUUCCAAUCUUUAGUGUGAAUGACUAAAAAUGGAUUAUUGAAGUAAAUAUAUUUAUCAUUCGUCAAACAAAAAGGAAAAAGAUUGCUCAUCACGUAUAGUGAUCUAGAGUGGGUUUCAACCCUUUCCUGGCUGACACGGCCGCGGUUACACGUCUUCACCACUCGAGGGCACUCCUCCCCGUAGGGCUGCUCCAGCACAUUGUCUUGUGUGGGGCGCUCUCUGCAGUAAACACUAAACAUUCACUUUAUACAACUGAUUGUAGCUGAAUUUAAAGAGAUGAAGCUUCCAGCGGGGUAUUUAAACGUUUGUUUUAAAAAAAAAAUGGAGAGGAGGUGAUGUGUCAGCCUGAGCUGUGAAGAAGAGAGCAUUUAAUAAUAAUCAUUGAAAUAAGAAGGCCGGGCGUGACUGCGUCUGAUUCUCCUGCGCUGACCGAAGGACAUUUGACGGACAGCUCGUCUCAACGCACAGAACGAGUCGCGAGCCCCCCCCCCCCCCCUUCUUCGAGCACACUUCACACUCUGCGCACAGGAAAGGGUUAAAGCAAACUUCAUUUCUUAAACGACUCAGGAAAAACACUUUUUUGCAGAUAUUGUUUAUUCCCAGAAUUUUUUGUCUUUGAGGAAAACAAAAAAAAAAAGAUUUAAGACUGAUCUGGUUAGUCUGGAUAUUUUCUCUCUUCCCUCAUCCUCUCCAUUGUGGUAUUUUUAUAUACAAGGCGCAUCCCACGUUUUUCGGUGUUAAAAGAGUUUUGAAGAGUCCUGUUAGAUUUGUAUUGCCUAGUUAAAUGUUCCUAUAACCAUAGUCCUAUGUGAUCCAACCUCUCUCUCUCUCUUCUCUCCUUUCUUCUAUUUUUCUUUGUUCUAUUGAAGGCCAGGUUCUUUUUGGGGGCAUCCUGUACUCUGUAAGAGCAAUAGCAGAAACUCCUACUUAGUGUCCCAAACAAUAGCAGAAGAGGCAGCCAGGAGUAUGUUUUUGUUUUUAGUGUGAGUAUUUGUAUUUGUUUCUUGUACAAGGUGAACAUUUAGCAUUCAGUGCAGUUUAAAUAAAAAGAUACAAUACUU